CCUGGUCCAAAGGGUGAAAAGGGGGAUCAAGGCGACCAGGGACCACGGGGAUUGCCUGGUCUCCCUACGCUGGCUGCUUUGCACAGCAAUCAGAUCCUGACUGUCAAGAUGGUCUUCCCUAAGAUCAAUCAUGGCUUUCUUUCCGCUGACCAGCAGCUCAUAAAGCGACGGCUCAUUAAGGGAGAUCAGGGGCAAGCAGGGCCACCUGGGCCCCCGGGGCCACCGGGCCCUCCUGGACCGAGGGGGCCUCCAGGGGACACUGGCAAGGAUGGGCCCAGAGGUGUGCCUGGUCUCCCGGGUGAUCCAGGACAGCCUGGGGAAACGGGACCCCUGGGACCUGAGGGGCCGCAAGGGCCGAAGGGUUCACUCGGGCUUCCUGGCAUCCCUGGUGUUGAUGGACUGAAGGGGGAUGUUGGCAUCCCAGGACUGGACGGUGUUCCAGGAGCCAAGGGUGAAAUGGGAGAACGAGGUGAAAAGGGUGAUAUGGGUGAGGAGGGACCGAAAGGUGAACCGGGAGAGAAGGGAGAUGCAGGCUCCUCUGCAGCAGGCAUCAAGGGUGAACCUGGAGAGCCUGGAAGAAGUGGACUAAAGGGAGAGCCAGGACUUCCAGGGCUGCCUGGACUACCAGGGAUAAAGGGUGAGCCCGGGUUUCUUGGUCCCCAGGGUGAGCCUGGGCUUCCAGGACUCCCAGGAACUAAGGGUGAGAAAGGUGACCACGGACCACCAGGGAAGGGAGAACGAGGAGAGACGGGACCCGCUGGACCAAAGGGUUCACAAGGAGAGGCUGGUACACCUGGCCCUAAAGGGUCAAAGGGCGAGGCUGGAGAUAAAGGAGACUUGGGGCUCAUUGGACCAAGGGGCCCACCUGGGCAGAAAGGAGAACAAGGUGCCACCGAAAUCAUCGACUACAACGGAAACAUUCAGGAAGCUUUACAGAAGAUUACCACUAUUACAGUUACGGGUCCCCCUGGACCUCCUGGGCCAACGGGACCACCAGGCAUAAAGGGGGAUCGCGGUCUGCCUGGUCUUCCUGGACUUGAUGGAGAAAGAGGAUACAAAGGCUCUAAAGGAGACAUGGGAAUGCCCGGAGCUUCAGGGGAGAAAGGAGCAACUGGUUUACCUGGCUUACCUGGUGUCAAUGGAAUGAAAGGGGAUAAAGGAGAUGCAGGACUCCCAGGUCCUCAAGGUCCUUCUAUAAUUGGCCCUCCAGGGCCACCAGGGCCCCAUGGAUCCCCAGGACCUAUGGGUCCCCAUGGCUUUCCUGGACCAAAGGGUGAACCUGGUUUGCAUGGGGCAAAGGGUACUCGAGGAGAACCAGGACACAAAGGGGACCGUGGACCUCUGGGUCUCCCUGGAGCCUCCGGCUUGGACGGCAAGCCUGGAAUUAGGGGCAUGGAUGGGCCUUCAGGUCCUGCUGGUCCAGCUGGGCCGAAGGGGGAUAUUGGUGAGAAAGGAGCACCGGGUGAGCCAGGGCCAAGAGGACCCUAUGGACUACCUGGAGCUGCUGGAACACCAGGCUUGGAUGGGUUGCCAGGCUUAAGGGGAGAAAAAGGCGACGUUGGGGAAAGAGGAGAAAAGGGGGAGAAGGGAAAGAAGGGCAAAAAAGGGCCUAAGGGCGAGAAAGGAGAACAGGGUGCCCCAGGAUUAGAUGCACCCUGCCCAUUGGGCCCUGAUGGUUUACCAAUGCCUGGGUGCUGGCAGAAGUGAUCACUCUAACCUGAAACGCAUGGAGUUUGUAAAUAAUGCUUCUUUUACGGUAUUUAUAGUUUUUUAAUGGGAAAACAUGUCUAAAAGAAAAGAAGUCUGUGUGUACAAUGCUACAAAAAGAGAUAACUGUCCUCCCCCCCACCCCACUGUCCGACCCCGCUGCAAGUUUCAUGCUCUUGGCUGCUUCUACUCACAUCGCCGUGUGGAAAAAAAACAACAAAAAAAACAAAAACCACGUGUGUCCUCUCUCUCACAUCCACGCCGUGGUGGAGCUCAGAUCCUCGGCUGGUGGCAGAACUUGUCUCUUUAGUCUUUGCAUGGCUCAGACUGGAGCGUCGCAGCCCGGCCAGAUUCACGGGGGGGUGGUGAAAGGAGGCGUGGGAGGAGGAGGAAGUGGAUGAGGUGGGAUCUGGACUGGCUCCCUAACACCAAAACGCUAGGUGUUUCUGUGUUGCUUCGUCUCAACAACCUCACCACACUUUCAUGCAGCACCAUUCACUCAAAGACUAAAAGAAAAAAAAGGACUGUGCCAAGCAGAACAUUGCACCCCUGCCCUCCCCACUCCUGAAAAAGCAUGAGUAGUGUACUGAAACUAUAUUUAUAUGUAUUGUACAUACAUGUCACUGUUUUGUGGUUGCGUCAUGGCUUCUGCAGAAAAAAACAACACUAACAAAAAAAAAAAGAAAAGCCUCUAGAGUUCUGAAUAAGUAAUUUUUUUUUUUUUUUUGCUUUCCUUUAAUCUUCCCAAGGGAGUCACGCCAUGGCUGGUAGCCUGAAUGUCCCCCCAGAAAGUAAAGCUGUUGGUUAUUGUUGCUUUAUUGUGGUGAUGCCUGCAGAGGGUACCGUAUCAGCAGGUUUAUCACUGUUGCACUCGUGAGGCUCACUCAUCGUCAGUGCGGUGCCUCCAAACAGGUCUCCGGACA